GGAAGAGACACGUAUACUUUACAUGGCAUACAUAACGUAGCUUUAUUUACCAAAGUGCAUUGUAUAAAUGUUUUUAAUAAAUUUACACGCUCUUUAUCCCUGUUUACAAUUAGUAUAAAGAAUAAAUAUAUAUUAAAUAUGUACAUAUGUAUUUUAUUAAGUCUAUCAUACAAUUUUUAAACGUUGAGAACUACCUUCACGGAAUAGGAAUAUUUAAGUUAUUCGUUUAGGAAUUGUAAGAUCGAAAUGUUGGACGUCUUGCUCUGCACGAUAAAGGGAAGAUAAUGACCAUAAAAGAGUAGAUAAUUAUAUAAACAAUAUGAAAAGUCAUCAAUCAGCUUUUGGUUGUUGACUAGUUUGGUGUCAUCAUCGAUAAAACGUUAAGAGUGAUAUGGCUAAGCUACCUAAGAUUAGCGUCGUAAAUGCCAGUAACAUCCAUAGUGCUACUCUAUUCCUUUUUCAUGGAUCAGGAGCUACUGGCAGUAAUUUUAAAGAGUGGAUCGAUAUUCUGAAUAGGGAGGAAUUAAAAUUUCCACACAUAAAAAUUAUUUACCCUACCGCACCUCUUCAACCUUAUACACCUCUUCAUGGGAUGCAAAGUCAUGUAUGGUUCGAUCGUAAGAGUAUAUCUAUAGAAGCCCAAGAAGAUACUGAAUCAAUAAAUUCAAUGUGUAUAACUAUUGCAGAACUUAUCGAUAAAGAAAUUUCUGAUGGUAUACCAAAUGAUAAAAUCGUUCUUGCUGGUUUUUCGAUGGGAGGAGCCCUAUCAAUGUAUUUAUCAUAUAGGUACAAAUUAUCUUUAGCUGGAUGUUGUGCUAUGUCUAGCUUUCUUAAUAAAAAUUCAUUUGUAUAUCAGCAUUUGAAAAACAAUCCAGGAAUACGUGCUCCACCUCUUCUGCAAUUUCACGGCGUUGAUGAUAAGCUCGUCCCAAUAAAAUGGGGAGAAGAAUGCUAUAACAGUCUAAAAGAACUUGGUGUUAAUGCUCAAUUUGUACCAUUAAAUAAUGUAGAUCAUGAAUUAAGUAGGAUCGAGAUACAGGCCUUCAAAGAGUGGCUUUUGAACAUUUUACCACAGAAAUUAUCUGACUAAUUUAACUAUACGAAAUUUGUACUUUUGUAAAAUAUCGUUAUAAAUAUUUUAAUUAAAUAAACGAUAUAUGUAUGAGAAAAAAA